AUAAAUCCAACCUAUCACUUUAAAUCUUCAGUCUCUGGUACAGCAGAGAUCAUAAACUGUUAGUGGAGCGUGGGAAAUAGUUGAUUAGUUUACCUGGGAUACGCUGCAUUUUAGAACAGUUUACUUGUUAGUAUUUAAUACAAACAAUUCUGUCUACAUAGAUAGGUCUUUCAUAAGCACUUAAUAUUGUUUACCAAAGAAAUGGUGAUGGAGAAGCCAAGUCCCCUGCUUGUAGGGCGGGAGUUUGUGAGGCAGUAUUACACACUCUUAAACAAGGCACCAGAUUUCCUGCACAGGUUUUAUGGGAGGAACUCGUCCUAUGUUCAUGGAGGACUUGAUCCAAAUGGGAAAGUGGCAGAAGCAGUGUAUGGACAAGCGGAAAUCCACAAGAAGGUCAUGUCUUUGCAAUUUAGUGAAUGCCACACAAAGAUCAGGCAUGUGGAUGCUCAUGCCACAUUGAGUGAUGGGGUGGUAGUGCAAGUCCUUGGCGAACUGUCGAAUAAUGGCCAGCCCAUGAGGAAGUUCAUGCAAACUUUUGUGCUUGCUCCAGAGGGCUCUGUGGCAAACAAAUUCUAUGUCCACAAUGACAUCUUUUGUUAUGAAGAUGAGGUUUUUGGAGAUUCUGAAGCCGAGCUUGAUGAGGAAUCAGAAGAGGAAGUUGAAGAGGAGCCAGAAGAGAGGCAGACGUCACCUGAGCCACUUCAAGAAAGCCCCAACAGUACCACCUAUUAUGAACCGCAUCCUGUCACUAAUGGAGUAGAGGAGCCCAUGGAGGAGCCAGCUCCUGAACCAGAGCCGGAACCUGAACCAGAGCCCAAAGUAGAGGAGAUAAAGCCUGAAACAGAUGAGAAGGUUCUGGAGGAGAUGGAAGAGAAAGCACCUUCACCGGUCCCUGUGGAGUCCCCACCAAACACCCAGGAGCCUCCCAAGGCUUUCUCCUGGGCCUUGGUGACCAGUAAAAAUCUGCCUCCUACCGGCACAGUCACAUCCUCUGGGAUCCCACCUCAUGUUGUUAAAGCUCAAAGCUCACAGCCCCGAGCUGAAGCCAAGCCGGAGACACAGACGGCACCUCUUCGAGCCAGAGACCAGCGCACUCGUGACAGACCGUCUUUCACUCCACGGGGUCCCAGACCUGAUGGUGUUGCGUCUUCAGAGUCACAAACGGGAAAGCCACAUUUGAAUUUUGUUAGCAAAGGUGGCAGAGGAGGAGAUGGUGAAUCUGGUGACAUGGACAGCAGGCGGAUUAUCCGGUACCCCGACAGCCACCAGCUUUUUGUUGGCAACCUCCCACAUGACAUUGACGAGAACGAGCUCAAAGAGUUUUUCAUGACAUAUGGAAAUGUGGUGGAGCUGCGGAUCAACACCAAGGGUGUUGGUGGGAAGUUGCCCAACUUUGGAUUUGUGGUUUUUGAUGACUCUGAUCCUGUGCAAAGAAUCCUGGGGGCCAAGGUAGAAGGGCCCAUCAUGUUUCCAGGUGAGGUACGUCUGAAUGUGGAGGAGAAGAAGACAAGGGCGGUGCGUGAACGAGAGACGCGUGGUGGAGAUGAGCGUCGGGACAUGAGGCGCAAUGACCGGGGCCCUGGAGGUUCACGAGGCAUCGUGGGAAGUGGAAUGAUGCGUGAACGUGAUGGGAGGGGACCACCGCCUCGGGGUGGCAUGGCUCCCAAACCUGGCAUGGGUUCUGGAAGGGGCUCUGGUGGCCAGGGAGAGGGUCGCUUCACAACCCAGCGCCGCUGAGAAGAGCACCAUCUGCAAGUGUGGAAGUAUUACCGUGUUCUUCAUCUUCAACUGUUCUCGUUAACAAAAACAAAUCUUCAUGUAUAAACGUAUAUAUUUGUUUUGAUUUUUUUUUUUUAAUUUUGUUCUCUCUUUGCUUUGGAAUGUGACACAGCCUGUCAACCAUUUGUUUGUGAAACAGACAAAAAGUAAGCAAACAAAAUUUCCCUUGUUAGUUGUGAGCUGAGCGUCCUUUUGAAGUAUCAAGAAUUCAGAACUUUAAUUUGUAGAUUCGUGAUAAAAGGCAAACCAACCGGGAGUAAACGCUGCAUUGGGAGGGACUGAUGAGACUUUCAACUACAGUAAUACAGCCCAUCAUUUGGAAAAGAGAUUAUAUGCCUUGACUUACCUGGGGUGCUGCUUCACGAAAUCCCUCUAUUGCACGUUUUUAUAUGGUAGGUUUCCGCUCGUUACUGUUGGAAAAGAGAAAGAUGCAAAAUUUGUGCAGUUCCAAAGGGAAAGCUUGCCUUUUUUUCCUUUUUGAGAGACCACUGCUUCAAAAUUGCAUAAUGUACUCAUCCAUACACUAAAUGGGUACCUUUGUCAUGUUACAUUGACAGCCAUGCUUGGAACACAGCUGGAAAUACCUGUUUUGUCUCAAAGCGAUACGACUUACCGGGGCAGGCCUCGCUCACAGCCCAUCUGCUGUGACCAAUGUACUUUUCACAUUUUUGACCCAAAACUAUGCUUCAAUUACUGCUGGAUGGACAAGAUGACAAGCAAAUCUACAUUAUAUUUUUCCUCCUUUAUAAAUUAAAAAAAGCUCAAAUCCUGGACUUUAACCAAAAGAGUGGGGGGACAAAGGAUAAACAUGAAAUAAAGCUGAACAAUAGAAGAGUGGCGGUAAUGAUGGUGGCUCACUCUGCUUUUCUUUUGAUUCAAAGUUUGGUUUCUUCAUGAUUUUCCCUGCCAGCUACACAGCUAAACAGGGAUGGACAACACCUCUUUCUCAAUUGAUUCCCUUGCUGUCUUAAGUAACAGAAUAAAUGUACAGCAAAAAUCAUA